AUGGCCUUGGAGAGUUUGGGAGUUACAUCAGAAAAAUACGCGUGCAUGCUCGCGCCUUUAAUUGAAUCCGCACUUCCUGAGUCAAUUUUGCGGGAAUGGGAGCGUAAGCGGAUGUCGUGCGGCAUUGAUGAAUCAUCCCUCUUUGAAGCUGCAGAUCAAAUGGUCAAGUUGCGAGAUUUUCUGAAGAGAGAGGUUGAAAGCGAGGAGCGGUUUCUGCUAGCUAGGAGCACGUUUUCUGUCCCCAGCGCUGCACCAAAGAGCAGUGCUGGGAAUGUCAAGUCCUCGACUGGAAAGUACACCACAGCUGCUGACCUAGUUGGUAUUGAGUCCACUGAAGGCACUGAAGAUGUCAGUUGCAUUUUUUGCAAAAAUUCUCACAAUACCGAAUUGUGUUCAGAGGCGAGGGCCAAGAGCAAAGAGGAGAAAAUUAAGCUCCUCAAAGCUAAAAGCCGCUGUUUUAAGUGUCUGAAAAAAUUCCACGGGAAACGGCCUUGUAAGGAAAAGCUGUGUUGCUUAGUUUGUGGUGAACCUCAUGUUACUGUGGUGUGCCCAAUUCCUCGUAACCAGAAUUCAACGACUAUUGAAAUUAGUAAGGCGACGAAGAAAGAAAACGAUGUAGAGCACAACUAUGCUAGUAUCCAGAGUGCACCAGUUUUGAUGCAAACGUUGAGGGUUCGUUUGAAAGGAGAAAAUCCUGUCACCACCAGGUUGUUGAUUGACACAGGUUCUCAAAGAAGUUAUAUAACUCAAGCGCUGGCUACCAGAAUGCGCUAUGAGCCGAUCCGCACUGAGAACUUGGUUCAUGCAUUGUUUGGUGGGAGCAAGACUGAACCCAAGACGCAUCAAUGCUAUAAGAUCCGUCUGCAAAAUUUGAUGAGUGCGUUUUCCUGCAACUUUGAAGUUCUUGACUCGGAACAGAUUUGUCACGCCAUUCCCUCCAUUCCUAAAGGUCUAUGGGUAUCUGAACUGCGCGAGAAGAAAAUCGAGUUGACUGACGACAGAGAGGGCCCAAUUGGAAUUCUUGUUGGAGCGGACGUCGCGGGAAAGCUACUCACCGGGAGGCGCGAGGUAUUAAGCUGUGGUUUGGUUGCUAUCGAAACUAGCCUAGGUUGGACCAUAAUGGGCCGCGUUAAGGACGCUGAGACAAGUUGUAUGGUUAACAUCAGUUUGCACUGCGCCCAGGAGUUCGACCCUUCUGAUAUGUGGAGGUUGGAUGUGUUGGGCAUCGAGGACCCCGCUUUGGUUAGUACCAAAGAAGAGGCAAAAACGGUUGUGCGUCGGCACUUCUUGGAAACAGUUAAGAUUUUACCUGAUGGACGAUAUGAGGUAUGUCUUCCAUGGCUGAAGGAACAUCCCCCGCUGCCUCGAAAUUUCGAUCUGGCCCGUGGUAGACUUGAAUCGACCCUAGCCAAGUUACGUAACGGUCAUUUGGUGAAAGAAUAUGAAGCGGUGUUUCAAGAAUGGCUGAAAGAUGAAAUUAUUGAAGAGGUACAGCUUGAUAAGUGGGAUUUCGGACAUUAUUUGCCUCACCGAGCCGUGGUUAAGGAAGCCAGUACCACCCGAAUUCGUCCUGUUUUCGUCGCCUCGUCCAAAGAGAAAGGCAAGCCUAACCUGAAUAUGUGUCUAGAAAAAGGGGGCAGUUGUGUAGAGUUAAUCCCAUCGAUACUUCUACGAUUCAGUCUGAACGCAAUAGGCGUUAUUUCUGACAUAAGAAAAGCCUUCUUACAGAUUUCUGUUUCGGAAAAGGAUCGGGAUAGCUUGAGGUUCCUAUGGAAGGACGAGGUCGGAGAGAUGAAAAUCUACCGUCACAGGAGGGUGGUGUUUGGGGUGACCAGUAGCCCUUAUUUGCUAGGCACCGUUAUUGACCAUCAUCUCUCAAAGUGUGAGGAAAAAGUGGCUUCAAAAGAGGUUCCUUAUGAAAGAUCUGUCAUCUCACAGUUGCGCAAAUGCUUGUACGUUGAUAACUGUGUGACUUCGGUUGAUGAUGAGAAGGAACUUUUGAGCUUCAUGUCGCAAGUCAGGGAAAUUUUUAUGAAAGCCUGCUUUGAUCUUCGUGGCUGGGAAUGGAGCGACCCCGAUUGUGCUGCUCACACCAGUUUCCCCGUUCUUGGACUUCUGUGGGAUAAAAAGGAGGAUAUUCUCAGGUUAAACUCUCCCAAGCCUUUGGAAAGUGAUGCCAUCACGCGACAAACAGUGAUGUCAGCAGCACACCGUAUUUUCGACCCGCUCGGUGUAUGUGCACCCGCCAUUUUGAUACCGAGAUUGUUAGUUCAAGAAAGUUGGGGUGAGGCUGGGAACUGGGAUACCCCUUUUAAUGAGCAAAGCCAGGCAACGUUCCGUAAGUGGAUGAGUCAAGCUGAUGCCUUGAAUCAAAUCGAAGUCCCACGAUGGUUGAAAUUGACCGUUGGUAAUGUGUCUCUACACACAUUUUGUGACGCAAGUCAGGUCGCUUAUGCCACCGUCUCAUUUUUGCGAGUUGAAACAGAUAACACGGUAUCUGUGAUAAUGGUGGGAGCGAAAGUUCGUGUUGCCCCUGUUAAGAGACCUACAAUUCCUCGCCUAGAGCUUCUGGCUGCAACAAUUGGGGCGCGAAUGGCUUCUAGUAUUGUAAAAGAGAUUGGCGAUGUAGAGUGCCAUUUUUGGUCAGAUUCUUCCACGGCUCUGUGUUGGAUCAAGAAAGAGGAACCGUGGGGAGUAUUUGUGUUCAACAGGGUUAAGGAAAUUCGUUCUCUGACUGAUCCUGAUACGUGGAAACAUGUGCCAGGGGUGAUGAACCCAGCAGAUCUUCCUAACAGGGUUUGUUUUCCUGAAGAACUUCUUGACUCCAAAUGGUGGGAGGGGCCGAGAUGGUUGUACGGGCCGCGUUCUGAAUGGCCUAACUGCGAUGUCACUCCUGAGGAAAAUGAAGUUCAAAUGGAAAGGAGAAAAACGCCUUUGAUUUCAGCUUUAUCCCAAGAACCAGGUGUGUUUUGCUGCGAAAGAUUAGCCCGUUCGUAUGUUUGCUUGUGGUUGAACCCGAUUCCCCGUUUCGAACCCAUCAAUUUAACUAUUACCACCCAAGAAUAUGAUGAAGCUCUUUCAAGCCUGAAAGAAACGUCACCAGGACCAGAUGAAAUACCAGUUGUCUUCUUGAAACAUCUCCCCUUAAUUGCCCACGAAUACAUCCUUAACCUGUUCAUUACCAUCUGGCUGCAGCAUAACUUUCCUGAAAAAUGGCAUGAAUCCAUAAUAAUUCCUAUACUGAAACCACCACAAAUCACUCACAUGUGCUAUGUGCAAACUAAUGGAAAAAAUAAUAAACAACAGAUUGCUCUGGAUUCUAGAAAAAAGAAACCUUAUUAUACCGGAACAAAGCGGAUUUAG